CUCCCUCGCUCCGGUGACUCCAGCAGCCUCGGAUUUGGAAGCUCGCUGAUUGGCUGGAAGCGAUUCAACACACGCCAGGCAAAGAGCUUUGUCUGAGUUGAAGUGAAGUUGUAGAGAUUUUCAGACUGGAGUCAGCAAUCACGGGUGUUUAGUCUGCAGCGGAGCAGAGAAAAGGAAAGGGGGGAAAUCAAGAAUCGCCCGGGAAAGACACACUGAAGACUCUGCCAGCACCCUGCAAUAGAUGGGGACGGAGUCCACGCGGGGAGCCAGGCCGAGGUGACACGCUGCUCCCAGCCAGGAGGACCGGCGGCCACCCCUACCAGGAGGGGACUUCACGCUCCUGUCUGGAAGUCACCAAACGGUGUGUAUGAAAACUGAAGUUUGCGAGCUAUAAUUGCUGUGUGAUUAAGAGUCGCUUUCAAGACUCUGAGACCCGAUGUGGCUUAGAGCUCUGAGUGACGGGGAGGAAGUUGAAGGGAUUGCUGGGCUCUUCUAACUCGCCCUGAGAAGGGAAUCUUAGCAACUGACCAAUGCACCAAAUGAAUACUAAAAUGCACUUUAGAUUCGCACUUGCACUUCUGAUGGCGUUUUUCAGCCACGAUGUCCUGGGUAAAAAUCUGAAAUACAGGAUUUAUGAGGAGCAGAGGGUCGGAUCGGUAAUUGCUAGACUAUCAGAAGAUGUGGCUGAUGUUUUAUUGAAGCUACCAAAUCCUUCUGCCGUUCGUUUUCGAGCCAUGCCACGGGGGAAUUCUCCUCUCCUGGUCGUAAAUGAGAAUACCGGAGAAAUCAGUAUAGGGGCUAAAAUUGACCGCGAGCAACUAUGCCAAAAAAACUUGAACUGUUCGAUAGAGUUUGAUGUGCUCACUCUGCCGACCGAGCAUCUGCAGCUGUUCCAUAUUGAAGUGGACGUGCUGGACAUUAAUGACAAUUCCCCUCAAUUCUCGAGACCCGUCAUUCCCAUUGAGAUAUCGGAGAGCGCAGCAGUUGGGACUCGCAUCCCUCUGGACAGUGCGUUCGACCCAGAUGUUGGGGAAAAUUCCCUUCACACCUACUCGCUCUCUGCUAAUGAUUAUUUUAACAUCGAAGUGCGGACCAGGACGGACGGGGCCAAGUACGCUGAACUCAUAGUGGUGAAAGAGUUGGAUCGUGAGCUGAAGGCUAGCUACGAGCUUCAGCUCACGGCCUCCGACAUGGGAGUGCCUCAGAGGUCUGGCUCCUCCGUCCUGAAAAUCAGCAUUUCCGAUUCCAACGACAACAGCCCGGCCUUUGAGCAGCCCUCUUACACAAUACAACUCUUAGAAAACUCUCCAGUUGGAACCUUGCUCCUCGAUCUAAAUGCCACCGAUCCAGAUGAGGGCGCUAAUGGGAGAAUCGUGUAUUCUUUCAGCAGUCAUGUGUCUCCCAAAAUUAUAGAGACUUUUAAGAUCGACUCAGAAAGAGGACACUUGACUCUUUUCAAGCCAGUGGAUUAUGAACUCACCAAGUCCUAUGAGAUAGACGUUCAAGCCCAAGAUUUGGGUCCCAAUUCCAUUCCUGCUCAUUGCAAAAUUAUAAUUAAGGUUGUGGAUGUCAAUGACAAUAAACCUGAAAUUAGCAUAAAUCUCAUGUCCCCUGGAAAAGAAGAGGUUUCUUAUGUUUUUGAAGGGGAUCCCAUUGAUACAUUUGUUGCUAUUGUCAGGGUUCAGGACAAGGACUCUGGGCUGAAUGGGGAAAUAAUCUGUAAGCUUCAUGGGCAUGGGCAUUUUAAACUUCAGAAGACAUAUGAAAACAACUACUUAAUUUUGACCAAUGCUACUCUGGAUAGAGAAAAGAGAUCUGAGUAUAGCCUGACUGUGAUUGCCGAGGACAAGGGAACACCCAGCCUCUCUUCAGUGAGACACUUUACUGUUCAAGUCAAUGACAUAAAUGACAAUCCACCUCGCUUCCAGAGGAGCCGGUAUGAAUUUGUCAUCUCAGAGAAUAAUUCACCAGGGGCGUAUAUCACCACAGUUACAGCCACCGAUCCUGAUCUUGGUGAAAACGGACAUGUGACAUACACCAUUUUGGAGAGUUUUGUCUUGGGAAGCUCCAUCACCACCUAUGUCACCGUUGACCCCUCUAAUGGUGCCAUCUACGCCCUCAGGAUCUUUGAUCAUGAAGAAGUGAGUCAGAUCACUUUCGUGGUGGAAGCAAGGGAUGGAGGGAGUCAGAAGCAGCUCUCCAGCAACACCACAGUUGUGCUGACCAUCAUUGAUGAGAAUGACAAUGUCCCAGUGGUUAUAGGGCCUGCCAUGCACAAUAAUACUGCAGAAAUCUCCAUCCCCAAAGGAGCUGAAAGUGGUUUUCAUGUCACCAGAAUAAGGGUGGUCGACAGAGACUCUGGUGCAAAUGCUGAAUUCAGCUGCUCCAUAGUAGCUGGUAAUGAGGAAAACAUCUUUAUCAUGGAUCCAAGGUCAUGUGACAUUCAUACCAACGUCAGCAUGGAAUCCAUUUCCUCUACCGAAUGGGCACUCUCAGUCAUCAUCCAGGACAAGGGCAAUCCUCCUCUGCACACUAAAGUCCUUCUAAGAUGUGUGGUCUUUGACUAUGCAGAAUCGGUGACGAGCACAGCUAUGACCUCUGUCAGCCACGCAUCCUUGGAUGUGUCCAUGAUCAUUAUUAUUUCCUUAGGAGCAAUCUGUGCAGUGUUGCUGGUUAUUAUGGUACUGUUUGCAACGAGGUGUAAUAGAGAGAAGAAAGACACUAGAUCCUACAACUGCAGGGUGGCAGAAUCCACUUACCAGCAUCAUCCCAAAAGGCCAUCCAGGCAGAUCCACAAAGGAGACAUCACACUGGUGCCCACCAUCAAUGGCACUCUGCCCAUCAGAUCUCACCACAGAUCCUCCCCAUCUUCAUCUCCCACUUUGGAAAGGGGGCAAAUGGGCAGCCGCCAGAGUCAUGACAGUCACCAGUCGCUCAACAGUUUGGUGACCAUCUCAUCAAACCACGUGCCAGAGAAUUUUUCAUUAGAACUCACCCACGCCACUCCUGCUGUUGAGCAGGUCUCGCAGCUUCUCUCCAUGCUUCACCAGGGGCAAUAUCAGCCACGGCCAAGUUUUCGAGGAAACAAAUAUUCCAGGAGCUAUAGAUAUGCCCUUCAAGACAUGGAUAAAUUUAGCUUGAAGGACAGUGGCCGUGGAGAUAGUGAAGCAGGAGACAGUGAUUAUGAUUUGGGGCGAGAUUCUCCAAUAGACAGGCUCCUGGGAGAAGGGUUCAGUGACCUCUUCCUCACUGACGGGAGAAUUCCAGCAGCAAUGAGGCUAUGUACGGAGGAGUGCAGAGUCCUGGGCCACUCUGACCAGUGCUGGAUGCCUCCACUGCCCUCGCCAUCCUCUGACUACAGAAGCAACAUGUUCAUCCCCGGAGAAGAAUUCCCAGCUCAACCUCAGCAACAGCAUUCUCAUCAGGGCCUUGAUGAUGACAGCCAGCCUGCAGAAUCUGGGGAGAAAAAAAAGAGCUUUUCCACCUUUGGGAAGGAUUCCCCCAGCGACGAGGAUUCCGGAGACUCCAGCACAUCAUCCCUGCUUUCGGAAAUGAGCAGUGUGUUCCAGCGCCUUCUCCCCGCUUCCCUAGAUACCUAUUCUGAAUGCAGCGAAGGCGACCGGUCCAACUCCCUGGAACGUCGAAAGGGUCCAGCACAGGGCAAAACUGGGGGUUACCCACAAGGGGUUGCAGCCUGGGCAGCCAGCACACAUUUUCAGAACCCCACCAGCAGCUCUGGGACCCCUCUGGGGACUCACUCCAGUGUGCAGCCUUCUUCCAAGUGGCUGCCAGCUAUGGAGGAGAUCCCUGAAAACUACGAGGAGGAUGAUUUUGACAAUGUGCUUAACCAUCUUAGCGAUGGGAAACACGAACUCAUGGAUGCCAGUGAGCUGGUGGCUGAGAUCAACAAACUGCUUCAAGACGUCCGCCAGAGCUAGGGGACUUUAGCUGGACCGCUGUGGUUCCAUGUGUGUGGAAUUAGGGGACAGGGACCCCCUACCCCCCCAAAAAAACUGGCGUUGCCAAAUAGUUGCAUUUAUCAUAAAUGUGUCUGUGUAUAUUGAAUAUUAAAUACUGUAUUUUCGUAUGUACACGAUGCAAGUGUGAUUAUUUUAAUCUGUAUUUUAAAAAUACAUUUGUACCUUAUAUUUAUGUGUAAUUUAACAGACAAAUUUUAUUUUUUUACUCCCAUGACCAACAUGUUUUUCCUAAUCAUGCAGACAUUAGCCACUGUUUGAAUCUAUAUCCUUUUCAACAAAAGUUACUGCUUAGCAUAGUUAAGUAGGGGCGGAAUUAUGAAGCUGUAUGAACAGCACCACUAAUGCAUUAUGUGAUUCUUAGUUUCAUUAAACGAUGCUACUUCCUUUUCAAUUUUACAAAAAUAUUAAGCAUUGUUAGAAACAUUAAACAAUCUUUGAAUUACUAUUUUCACUGCUUUCUGUUAACUAUGAUAGAUCAUUUCUUAAGGCAAAAUGGAGGAAGGAAGUAGACCUAUUUUAUACCUAGAAGCAUCCCUUGAGAUGUUCAUGAGAAGGUAAUGACAUGUGAAUUCUUCAUAGCAAUGAUAUUCCACUCCAUGUUGCUUGGCAGUGGCUCCUGUACUUUUCAGUGCACCACACUGGCUUGAUCAUGAGAAUAUUUUUUCCAGUAGCAAAAUAUCUACUUAUAAUGAAACUAAAUGGUGAAUCUAAUUUGAUCCUUGCCCUAUGAAAUAUAAUCCAAUGAUGUGGAAUCUGUGCUCUACAUGAAUAACAUUAUGUUCUCUACCAGCAUAGAGUGUUAAUAGACAAAGACAGAUAUGUCAGUGCUCUGCCUCUCCGGGGUAGUAAACAUAAUUGAUGUAUCUGAAACUCUAUGUGGAUCUCCCCCUCUUCUCUCAUCAUACUUGAACAUUUGUAUCAAACACAUUGUCUUUUUUUGGCUAUAAUUAUUCAAGUUUAGCUUUUGUCUCUUGUGCAUGCUAUCACAGUUUUGCUUGUAUUUUUAGCAUAUGAACAUUUAUAAAGUCACUUUUUUUGUUACUGCAAUUUUGUCUGAUUUAUUGUGUGACAAAUGCAAACUUUAUUUAUUGUGCUGUUAUCUUCUGUGUGGAAUGCCUUGGUAAGCGAGAUCCUUAGUAUGACUAUUAUCAUUUACGUCCAAGCUUCUAUGAAUGUUAUUUCUAUUAAUACACUAUCUUGAUUGUACUCUUCAGAAAAUUUUACUGUCAGUGAAAAUAAAAGGAAAAUUAAAGCAAAG